GCCUGCAGGUGACAGGGAGCGACACUGAAGCAAGCCUGCAAUAAAACCAGCACAGGGACAGCGGCCAAGACACGAGGCGCAAGACACAGGGCGUGCGGCACGCGGAGGCCAUGAGGCUGACACCGGCACGCGGCCGAUCGGUAGCGUGCUAGCGCCAGCCGCUGGAGAAAGCGUGGAUCCGCACAACUCGUUGAGACGCUACUCAGACUCCUGGCUGCCCCCCUACUGCACCAAGAUGAUGCAGCAGAUCCUGCAGGACAUGUACAUUGAGCCUGACCUCCUGGCUGAGCUCAAUGAGGAGCAGAAGCAAAUCCUCUUUUACAAGAUCCGCGAGGAGCAGGUGCGACGCUGGAACGAGCGGGAGAACCAGAGCCGCAGCCUGGGGCCCCAGCCCAGGCGGGCCGCCAACAGGAGGAGCAUCCAGUGGUUGAAGGGAGCAGACGGUGAGGUAUGGGUGUGGGUGAUGGGUGAAGCUCCAGGCGACAAGCCCUUUGAGCAAAUUGUGGAGGAGUUGAUGGCUGAGAGAGCCCGACGACAGGCCCAGCAGGAGGCCCAGGAGCUGUGGCGCGUGAAGGAGGCGGAGAUCGAGCAGAAAUUUCGAGACGCCAUGGCCAAGGAGAAAGCACGCUGUGUAGCAGGCAAGUGGAAGGAGGAGACAGAGGACAGAAGAGCAGCCAAGCAAGAGGAGGACCGCAUCCACGCCAAGCUCAAGAAAUGUGAGGAGGAGGAGCGCCAACGCGGGGAGGAGGAGAUACGCCGCACAGAGGAGAGGAGGGCAAAGGAGCUAUACAUCUCCCUGAAGCAGGAGGAAAAAAGGAGCGAGAGGGAUGACAAGGAGUGGCAGGAGCAGCUGCGCCGCUCCAAAGUUGCCGACGAGGAGAUGACCCGCAAGGCUCGCACAGCCCGGGACGAGUACAAGCGUCAGUCCCUGCGGGCUAUUGAGAAGGGCCUGGUGGCCGGGCUCAGUGGCCUCUUCCAGAAGACUCACCUGAACGGGUCGGGCCAGAACCGCAGGCACAGAAUGCUCACUGACAGGUAUCCAUCCAUCUCUUACAACAUGUCUGUUACGCCCCCAAGCCCUGCCUGGGUGCGCCCCCCUCGGCCCGACUGCCGUGAAUCUAUUCUGCGCUGGUUCAAAGAGGAGCAGAGGCCCAAACGAGCCGGGUUCGAGAGGAACAGCAGCAGCAUGGCCCCCUGGUUUCAUGGCAUCAUCAGCCGGCAGGAUUCGGAAUCGCUGCUGAUGCACUGCCCCGAGGGCAGCUUCCUGGUGCGCGUGAGCGAGCGGAUCUGGGGUUACACACUGUCGUACCGCACCGCCUCCGCCUUCAAGCACUUCCUCAUCGACGCCUCUGGGGACUGCUACAGCUUCCUGGGCGUCGACCAGAACCGACACGCCACGCUGGCCGACCUCGUCGACUUCCACAGGGAGGAGGUGAUAACCACGUCCGGGGGUGAGCUCCUCCAGGAGUCCUGUAAAGCGAGGCUCUCAUCCCCAGAUUACGGGGGGCUCUUCCAGUGACCACUCCCCUCUCGCAGCAGAAUUUCUGAGUGUCAGGCUUGUAUCUCACAUGUUCAGUUUGCUUCAGUGCAAUUUAACUACGUUCAGUCUUACAUCAGCAUCUGCAGCCUCAGGUCUCAGGCGCCGCCCCUUUGCUUCCCUCUACUCUUCCAUCACACCUGCACCUUUCACUGCACCACCUCAUAUAUCCCUCUGCCUUCUUACCCCAACCCUCCACCCCAUUUUUCAUCCUAACCCGCUCAUACUUCCCCCUCACAUUCGCCCCUUUGUCUUCCUCCUCCCUCUCAUC